AUGGCGGAUCCCGCAGCGCCCGCGCCUGCAGCCCCGGCUCCCGCCCAGGCCCCGGCCGCGGUCCCUGAGGCGGCCCCGGCCCCGGCCGCGGACACGGCCCCGGCCCCGGCCCCGGCCCCGGCCCGGGCGCCCGCCUCGGACUCGGCUACCAGGCCGUCCCCGGACUCCGGCCCCGAAGCCGGCUCGCAGCGCCUGCUGUUCUCUCACGACCUGGUGUCGGGCCGUUACCGCGGCUCCGUGCACUUCGGGCUGGUGCGCCUCAUCCACGGCGAGGACUCGGACUCGGAGGGCGACGAGGACGGCCGCGGGAGCUCGGGCUGCUCCGAGGCGGGGGGCGCGGGCCACGAGGAGGGCCGGGCCAGCCCGCUGCGCCGCGGCUUCGUGCGCGUCCAGUGGUACCCGGAGGGCGUCAAGCAGCACGUGAAGGAGACCAAGCUGAAACUGGAGGACCGCUCCGUGGUGCCCCGGGACGUGGUCCGGCACAUGCGCUCCACCGACAGCCAGUGCGGCACCGUGAUCGACGUCAGCAUCGACUGCGCCGUCAAGCUCAUCGGCACCAACUGCAUCAUCUACCCCGUCAACAGCAAGGACCUGCAGCACAUCUGGCCCUUCAUGUACGGGGACUACAUCGCCUAUGACUGCUGGCUGGGGAAGGUGUACGACCUGAAGAACCAGAUCAUCCUGAAGCUGUCCAACGGGGCCAGGUGCUCCAUGAACACUGAAGACGGUGCCAAGCUCUACGACGUCUGCCCACACGUCAGCGACUCAGGUCUCUUCUUCGACGAUUCCUACGGCUUCUACCCGGGCCAGGUGCUCAUCGGCCCCGCCAAGAUCUUCUCCAGCGUCCAGUGGCUGUCGGGAGUCAAGCCCGUGCUCAGCACCAAGAGCAAGUUCCGGGUGGUGGUGGAAGAGGUGCAGGUUGUGGAGCUGAAAGUCACGUGGAUUACCAAGAGCUUCUGUCCAGGGGGCACGGACAGCGUCAGCCCCCCGCCCUCGGUCAUCACUCAGGAGAACCUAGGCAGGGUGAAGCGUCUCGGAUGCUUUGACCAUGCGCAGCGGCAGCUGGGGGAGCGCUGCCUGUUUGUCUUCCCGGCCAAGGUGGAGCUGGCCAAGAUCGCCUGCGAAUGUCCGGAGAAGCACUGUGCCCAGGGGGAGGGCUCGAUGGCCAAGAAGGUGAAGCGCCUGUUGAAGAAGCAGGUCGUGAGGAUCAUGUCCUGCUCCCCCAAUACCCAGUGCUCCAGGGACCAUUCCAUGGAGGAGACAGGCAAGAGGGAGGGGCCCCAAACCAAGAAUGGAACAGGGUCCGCCAGCCCCGAGGAGACGCCCGACGGUUCCGCCAGCCCCCGGGAGAUGCAGGACGAGGGUCCCGAGGAGGCCCUGGAGGCGGGCGAGCCGCUGCCCCCCUUCCUGCUGAAGGAGGGCGGAGACGACAGGCUGCACUCCGCCGAGCAGGACGCCGAUGACGAGGCUGCCGACGACACGGACGACACCAGCUCCGUCACCUCCUCCGCCAGCUCCACCACCUCCUCCCAGAGCGGCAGCGGCACGAAUCGCAGAAAGAGCGUCCCCUUGUCUAUCAAGAACUUAAAGCGAAAACACAAGAGGAAGAAGAAUAAAAUCACCAGGGAUUUCAAGCCGGGCGACAGGGUGGCGGUGGAGGUGGUGACCACGAUGACCUCAGCAGACGUGAUGUGGCAAGACGGCUCCGUCGAGUGCAACAUCCGCUCCAACGACCUCUUCCCGGUGCACCACCUGGACAACAACGAGUUCUGCCCUGGGGACUUCGUGGUGGACAAGCGAGUCCAGAGCUGCCCAGACCCCGCCGUCUACGGGGUGGUGCAGUCUGGGGACCACAUGGGCCGCACCUGCGUGGUGAAGUGGUUCAAGCUGCGGCCGAGUGGGGACGACGUGGAGCUGAUUGGAGAGGAGGAAGACGUGAGCGUCUAUGACAUUGCUGACCACCCCGACUUCCGGUUCCGCACAACCGACAUCGUCAUUCGCAUCGGCAACGCUGAGGACGGAGCUCCUCCCAAGGAGGAUGAGCCGUCGGUUGGCCAGGUGGCCCGCGUGGACGUCAGCAGCAAGGUGGAGGUGGUGUGGGCCGACAACUCCAAGACCAUCAUCCUGCCCCAGCACCUGUACAACAUCGAGUCCGAGAUCGAGGAGUCGGACUACGACUCGGUGGAAGGCAGCACCAGUGGGGCGUCCUCCGAUGAGUGGGAGGACGACAGUGACAGCUGGGAGACGGACAAUGGGCUGGUGGAGGAUGAGCACCCCAAGAUAGAGGAGCCCCCCAUCCCUCCCACCGAACAGCCGGCGGCCCCCGAGGAGGACAAGGGCGUGGUGAUCAGCGAAGAGGCUGCCACGGCCGCCAUUCAGGGGGCCGUGGCCAUGGCCGCCCCGGUGGCCGGGCUGAUAGAGAAGGCCGGCAAGGACGGGCCCCCGAAGAGCUUCCGGGAGCUGAAGGAGGCCAUCAAGAUCCUGGAGAGCCUCAAGAACAUGACGGUGGAGCAGCUGCUGACCGGCUCCCCCACCUCCCCGACGGUGGAGCCCGAGCGGCCGACGCGGGAGAAGAAGUUCCUGGACGACAUCAAGAAGCUGCAGGAGAACCUCAAGAAGACCCUGGACAACGUGGCCAUCGCCGAGGAGGAGAAGAUGGAGGCCCUGCCGGACGCAGAGCGCAAGGAGGACAAGCCCGAGGCGCAGUCUCCCGGGAAGGCCGAGUGGCCCAGCGAGACGCCGGUGCUGUGCCAGCAGUGCGGCGGCAAGCCCGGCGUCACCUUCACCAGCGCCAAGGGGGAGGUCUUCUCCGUGCUGGAGUCCGCGCCCUCGAAUCACUCCUUUAAGAAGAUCGAGUUCCAGCCCCCAGAGGCCAAGAAGUUCUUCAGUGCGGUGCGCAAGGAGAUGGCGCUGCUGGCCACCUCGCUGCCCGAUGGCAUCGCUGUCAAGACUUUCGAGGACAGAAUGGACCUCUUCUCAGCCCUGAUCAAGGGCCCCACGCGCACCCCCUACGAGGACGGCCUCUACCUGUUCGACAUCCAGCUCCCCAACAUCUACCCGGCCGUGCCCCCCCACUUCUGCUACCUCUCCCAGUGCAGUGGCCGUCUGAACCCCAACCUGUACGACAAUGGGAAGGUGUGCGUCAGCCUCCUGGGCACCUGGAUCGGAAAGGGGACAGAGAGGUGGACGAGCAAAUCCAGCCUCCUCCAGGUGCUCAUCUCCAUCCAAGGUCUGAUCCUGGUGAACGAGCCGUACUACAACGAAGCCGGCUUCGACAGCGACCGGGGCCUGCAGGAGGGCUACGACAACAGCCGCUGCUACAACGAGAUGGCUCUGAUCCGCGUGGUGCAGUCCAUGACGCAGCUGGUGCGGCGGCCGGCCGAGGUCUUCGAGCAGGAGAUCCGGCAGCACUUCAGCACCGGCGGCUGGCGGCUGGUGAACCGCAUCGAGUCCUGGCUGGAGACGCACGCCCUGCUGGAGCAGGCCCAGGCCCUGCCCAACGGCACCUUCACGGACAGCGGCUCUGCAGGGCCGCCCGGCGCCGAGCUCUCCGACGGCCGGGAGGAAGCGGAGGACGGCGGGCUGGCCGCUGGAGAGGCCUCCCCAGGCUCAGACUCGGAGGCCGGCGCCCAGGGCCCGGCCGCAGCCGGCAGGGACCACACAGACCAGGCUUCGGAGGCCGCGCCGGACGCCUCAGUGCCGCCCAGUGUCAAACCAAAGAAGCGGAGAAAGAGCUACCGGAGCUUCUUGCCCGAGAAGAGCGGCUACCCCGACAUCGGCUUCCCCCUCUUCCCGCUUUCCAAGGGGUUCAUCAAGAGCAUCCGGGGCGUCCUGGCCCAGUUCCGGGCCGCUCUGAUCGAGGCCGGCAUGCCCGAGAGCGCAGGCGACCAGUAG